AUGGGCAUGACGGAGAAAAUAAAUGGUACUUUUUUACUCAAACGAAACGAAAGCAUACAAAAGGAAAAUCAAAAUAUACAAAUCGAGAAGUUCUUGAUGGUUAUUGGGAGGUCAGUGGAGCUAAAAAGAAAAUCACCCAAGACAAAAAUUGCAGCUGGGUAUAAGAAGCAACAUGUUUUCUAUGAGUAUGAAAGAGAAGGUCGUCGACCGAGUAAGAAGACCAAUUGGAUCAUGCAUGAAUAUAGAGUUAGUAAUUCUCAUAUGGAUAAAUGGACUUUGUGUAGGAUUUAUCAUAAGAGGAAAUCAAGCAAGACACAAACUCAAAAGGAUUGUUCCAUAUCUUCACAUGCUAAUGAUGGAAAUGAGCCAAAGGCAAAGGUUGAUCCGAAAACAAUAGAAGUUGAUAGUGUCCAGAAUAAGCGUCAAAAGCCUUCAGAUGACAAAAGGGAUGACAAGAAGGCUUGUGAAUGA